UCAUCUCUAAAACCGGUUUUCUUAAUCUGACGAACCGAUACCAACCAUAUUCUACUGUUCUUCUUCGGACAGUGCCCUCCGCAAAGCAAAGCUUCUCCGAUUUGUCUCUUAGACCAAUCGUGCGGUCUCGUUUCUAAUCGUGAGGACUUUGAAGCUUUGCAUUUGUUGGGAAGAGGCUUAAUAAAAUGGGGAGGAUAAUGGAAUGGGCAGCACGAUCUGAUCACUUGAGAGGAGUUCCAAGGAAAGCUGUGAUAACAGCCGUUGGUGCGUUUGCGAGAGCAGUUGCUAAUCUUUGCAACAAGACCACAGCUCACAAUGCAGAUACUCUUAUGACUCUUGUCCGGUCAAGACCACCCGGUGUUCCUCUCAUCACUGUUAGUAAUCACAUGUCGACUUUAGAUGAUCCAGUAAUGUGGGGAGGGUUCAAGGGUCUUCUUUCCUUUGAUCCAGAGCUGGCUCGAUGGGUUCUUGCUGCAGAGGACAUUUGUUUCAAGAACCCUGUCUUCUCCUACAUCUUCCGCACUGGCAAGUGUAUACCUAUAACUAGAGGUGGUGGAAUCUAUCAAGAACACAUGAGUGAAGCUCUCGAGCGAUUAAAAGAUGGAUCUUGGUUGCAUACCUUCCCAGAGGGCAAGGUGUUUCAAGAAGAUGUACCUAUAAGACGUCUUAAAUGGGGAACCGCAAGCCUCAUCGCUCGUUGCCCAGUAACCCCAAUCGUCUUGCCAAUCAUUCACCGUGGUUUUGACGAGAUGAUGCCGGAAAAGUACUUUUAUGGAAGAAGACCACCGUUACCGCUUUGCAACAAAAACCUUAAAGUUGUGGUUGGUGAACCAAUCGAGUUUGAUCUUCCCAUGAUGGUUCAGACCGCUGUCUCUGCUUCUUCAGAUCAUGUAACGGAAGAUACUCUUCAAGAAGCGAAAUGGCCUGUGAUCUCUUCUGCUGGCCAAAAGCUAGACGAAACAGCUCAAAGAUGCCUCUACACAGCUCUCUCCCAGAAGAUUCAAUCCUCAUUGGAAUCAUUGAGACUCUUAGCCAAGCGGUUGUAAACUUCAGAUCAGUACCGGGUUCACAAUUUUGAAAGUUCCCGGUUUAGAUCCGACACGGUAUUCAGUUAUUUCCUUUGUUUAAUUCUUUUUUUUUUUAAAGCUGAGAAAUACUCUAGACAUUGUAAUAAGGAUGAAAUUGUAACAACUUAAAUUAAAUUAACAUUGGGGACAAAAUCUCCAUGAAAAUUCUGUGUUAUAUGAUUUAAUCAUUUUUUUA